CAUUUUCUUUGGCAGCAGACAGGUGCCACGUUCAAGACGAUCAGCAGUAAACUAUACUAUAACGAAAACAAAAAAGUUUCUCUGGACAAAUUGGAAUCUGCCGCACAGUCAUUAUUAAACAGUCAGGUUUAUAAUAUCAUACCCAUUCCGGGGUGCUGUUUUAAGGAUGGCCGAUCUGAAAGAAUUCGUGUUUUCCUUUCUGUUUUGUCUUCUUUUACAAUGUGCUCCAUCUCUACAAGAUUGCUCGCGUCCCAAUCCCAGUUCCAACGUCAUAAUAAACCCGGAUCAAGCGAAUUACACACCAUGGACGUACGCAGUGUUUUCAUGUCCUACUGGUUAUUUAGCUUCAGGUGGUGCGACCUAUUCUUACUGUUACUCGGGAUCGCCCGACUACUGGUCCCCUGCGAUGUCGCAGGUUAUAUCCUGCACGAUAGAUACGAGUGUGACUACGCCUGAGACGGGUAACAUGACAGCGGAAUCGAUGGUAUUUGUAGCUGACAAUUCAAGAGGGGCAAUAUACAUGGCCGACUUUUCCAGCGACAGUCUCGACUCUUUGACCUUCUAUGCUCUGCCCUUCGGUUCCGUCUCUCAACCGAUAGGCGUCGAUUACGAUCCGGCUACUCGCAUGGUGUACUGGACCGAAACGUCAGGAUCCAUACGACGCGCGAAUAUCGAUGGCACUAUGCAAAGCGUCAUCGUCAAUAGCAGUAUUGUCGGCAGGUCAGAAAACCUAGCGUUGGAUACCAGUCGUGGUAAAGUCUUUUGGACCGAUGAAACCCUAGACCGAAUCAUGUCGGCUAAUCUCGACGGAUCCUCUCAGCAAAUUCUCAUCAAUACCGACAUAGAGAGUCCACGCGCAAUCAUCGUACACCAAGUAGAAGGAGUGAUGAUUUGGACGGACUGGAGUGCCCCAAGUCGAAUCGAGAGGGCCAAUCUUGAUGGCGGGGACAGAUACGUCAUUGUCAACUCUAGCAUCAUAUAUCCCAAUGGGUUGGCAUUAAACGCUGACGGUUCACGGGUCUACUGGUGCGACGCUGGAACCGAUCAAAUCGAGUCCGUCGACCUCUGGGGCAACGACAGAAUGGUUCACCUGGCGACAUCGUCGAUUCAUCCUUACGACCUAGCAGUCGUCGACGACACUAUAAUAUGGACGGAUUGGAUUUAUGAUGCAAUUGGUGUAACUUCAACCAGCAAUAGCAGCGGUUACAGUUUAUACUACCACAGCACUUUCCAAAAUCCACAUGGCAUACAUGUGUAUCAAGAAGAAAUGCCAACAACAACGGAAGUUUACAACCCUACUACUGACCAAGCUGAUCCGGAGGCAGACCUGACUUGUGACAGCGUGUCGAUGACGCUCAUUAUGGACAGAAUCCUUCUCGAUAUCAGCGACGACGCCCGCGAUGUCCAUUUCAAAGACAAGUCUUGUGUUGGAUACGAUCACGAUAGUCAGCAUGUUGCGAUCACCACCAUGUACGACGGAUGUGGUACUACGCAAGAGCAAUACGACGACUACAUAAUAUUUACCAACAUGGUGACGUAUUACAAGCCUCGCCCUGAAAAUGGAACUGAUGAGCUCAUUACCAGAGAACACUAUCUUCAGAUCCCUGUUACUUGCUACCUGGAGCGGACACAGGUCUUGGAAGACUCCUUCAUGCCUGAAGCAAAUCUUCGUGUUUUCGAAAAGAAAGGGUAUGGUGAUUUCUCGCUAAACCUGGACCGGUAUACAACCCCAGGCUUCUACCAACCUACCAACGAUUCCGGCGAAGUUACGCUCGGCACACCGCUAUACUUCGGCGUCCGCCUGACGUCCGUCACGAACCUCACGCUUCUCAUCGAGUCGUGCUGGGCAACGAGCUCGCCGGACCCAGGCGACGAUCCCCGCUAUGAUAUCAUCAAGAAUGGAUGUGCCGUGGAUAGCACAACAGUCAUUUACAAUUUGGCCUCCCCAACUUUUAAAGGAUUUAGUAUCGAUGCUUUCACCUUUAUUGGCGAUAACGACGAGGUUUACGUCCACUGCUCAAUCCUGAUCUGUGACGACAACGACUCGGGCUCCCGCUGCGCUCAGGGGUGCAUAUCACGAUCUCGUCGUAGUCUGAAGAAUACAGGCUUCCAGUCCAAACUCCACACCAUCACGAACGGACCGCUCUCUGAUGCCUCCCGCUCCCAAAGGGCUAUGUUGCUUGAUAGCGUUUAUGAUUUGUAAUGUUUCGCUUCGGCAUGAUUAAUUGACCCAGGUUUUUCGGUCAAAUGUUUGGAGGAAUCUGCUUUGAGUGAUUAUAUAUCCCCUGCUUCAGUUAUUG